AUGUCAGCUUCAACAGACCUGUCUGGAAAAGUCUUCUCCUUUCCAGAAGAGGGAGCUACAGCUCAUGUGAGACUAGCUCCAAUGAACUCCAAGGUCCUGUGGUCAGCCUCGGUCUGCCUGCGCUUCUACACCGAAUUACAUGAUCAAACCUUUAUAAUUUUUUCUAUGGCCGUCCCCUCACAUUCAAAGCGUAUUGCAUUGUUUAGAGCAGAUAAUACAAACGAAUAUCAUUUGUAUAUUAAUGGUGAAUAUGGGACAUUCUAUGGCUUACCGUUCGACGUGAAUAAGUGGAAUUCUAUAUGUCUUGUCUGGGAUGCAUCCAAUAGGCUGUCUCAGAUCACUGUCAAUCAGAUUCGCAGUGUGAAGAAAACCCGUCAUGUUAGCCCUGGGGACUCCGUAGCUGGAACUCCUAUUAUAAUACUAGGCCAAGAUCAGGAUAGUUAUGGAGGAGGGUUUGACGCCUCUCAGACCUUCAUAGGACAUAUCAGAGAUGUGCAAAUGUGGGACUAUCCCGUUUCUGCAUGUGAAAUUCAAAACUACAUGCAAGAUUUGGGCUACAGGCCUGGUAAUUACCUGAACUGGGCAACGUUUGUUUGGUUUUUUCACGGUAAUGUGCUGUUAGAGGACUAUGAAACCUGCUAGCUUUACAAGAUAAAUAGAGACAAAUUCAAAAUUGUGAUUUUAUGUACGUACAGGCUUUUUAGCAGCAUGUUGCUGCAAUGAUGUUAAUUAGACCCUCUAUCAUUUCACCUGUGAUAUUAUAAACCCAUUAGAUAUAAUUCCCAGACAAUGUCUUGAAUAGUUAACAAAAGACCAUGUCAGUAUAUAUCAAGUGUUUAGAUAACCCUUGCCUGAAGUUAUCUGAUUGAAUUUGAUUCCUACACUAGAGCUUGCCACCCUUUGAUUAACUUACUUAGUGUUUAAUUGUCCUUAUAUGUCCUUAUAACAUUUUGUUUAAAAGAAGAAAUAUUGAACAGUCAUGCUGAUGAAGGUGUAUAUGCACUCUGUAAAUAGCUUCUACAACAGUGUUAUAUUUCUGAUGAAUGAAUAAAGUCUCUCCUAAAUGUC